AUGUGGGCACAAACUCAUCGCUUCGUUCCAGACCGCUACGGCGCGCAAUUGCUUGCGUCCUCCGCCGCCACUUACGCGCCUGGCCCGCGCCUUCGCGACCCGCCAGUCGAGCCCCGUCCUCCGCCGCCGCCCGCUGCCGCUCGCCCGACGUCUCUAUCCCUUGUCACGGCUGGAGGCACUUUCUUGCUCGUUGACGACCCCAUCCCCCCUCUUCCUACCAAGGUCCCCGCCGCCACCGCCGCCGCCACUUCCAACUUUCGGGACUCGUUUCUGUCCAUUCUCGACGACCCCUUCUUCCUCACAUUCCACAUCCCUGACCAGCCAGGCUCUCUGCAGACGGCCCUCCGUCGCGACGAUGAACGGCAGCCGUGGCCGCCGCCUCGCAAAGAAUCACUGAGCGAGAAGAAUCCAACGCCGUGGCAUUCCUUACGCGACAUGGAUGCCAUCAACAUCGCAGUUAUCGGCGCCGACGGCGUGGGGAAGUCGUCUCUCAUACAGCGAGCUUUAAGGUCGCAGCGGCCGCCGAGCCUCGUGACAACAGUGCGCCAGGAGGUCGAUGGCAGCUCCUACCAGGUCACCCUUGUUGAGCUUGAUCUCGAGGUAUUCGAUGUGGACCCGGAGCAGCCAAUACAGUGGCCGAAACAAGUAGGUGGGCACAUGUUGCCCCGUAUAGACGGCGCCCUCGUCCUAUACGACGUGAUAAACAAGGACAGCAUCCGUUACCUUCCCCAGGCCAUGUCUGUGCUGGCAAACGACUCGCUCCCAACCAUUCUCGUAGCUACCAAGUGCGAAACACCUGAAAACUUGCGGCAGCUAGACACAGCAGGCGUCGCGCACGCAUUUCCGUCCUGCGCCGGCCACUUUAGAACUUCUUCAAACGUCCCCGGGAGUGCCCGGGAAUGUCUCCAAGCCAUGCUGAGGGCUGUGGCUGCCCGGAGAGUGGCGUCGGAAAAGGCAGAUGGGCCCGGUACUAGGAGACGGGCCGCCUCGACGGCGAACCUCGAUGCCCCCCCAGAGCUGAUCAAUGGUCGGCCAAUAAGCCAACACAGCAAGCACAGCAGGGCGAGCUCUGAUUUCUCUCUUUUACGGGGAUUCCCGGCCCCCCCAAAUGAGGGCUACUACAGAGGACAGGUUUCGAGGUCACCGAGGCUAGAGUAUCAAAACUACGCCCCUUACAGUACCCCCAACCUAAACUCAGACGCUCCCAACGAAGGCGCCCCGCAGACAGUGUCUAGUCUGCUGAGGACUCCGGGAAUCCGGCUCGAUAGUGGGGGAGAGUCGUUCCUGGACAUUGAGGAAUCGGAUUCCGAGUCGUAUCGAUAUUCGGAUGACAUACCGAUAUUGCAGCGCAACGAUGAGAGCUUCAUAGACAGGCCGGUCAAGUCGGCAGGCGUGAGCUUUGACGAUCUCGUAGACAGGCUUCUUUCGCAAAGGAUGACGAGGUCUGACAGCAAUUUUGCCGAAAUUUUCCUCUGUCUAUAUCGCAAAUUUGCCGCCCCGUGCGAGCUUCUCGCCGCAAUACUUGUGCGGCUGGAACGUGUGAGGAACGACGGGAACAUGCAUACCCUGAUCAGGAUUGACGCCCAGAUGCGAAUGGUUGAAGUAGUGGCAAAAUGGGUGUCCCUCUACCCGGGAGAUUUUGCACGACCCGCGACGAGGAAAAAUCUCGAAGAGCUUAUUAGGAAUCUCUCGGGAGAGCCGAUAUUCUAUGCUGCCGCACAACAAAUGCGCGACCAUCUAGAGCAGAAGGUGGUUGAGGAUGACGAUACAGGGUGGGCCAAAUCCGACGACGUCGACGAGAACUGGAGCGGUCCGGCCGAUCGGCUUUCGGGCCUGGGUAAGGACGCGGCGGCGGGACGGAAGCAAAGCGAAUUCGCCGAGUCGAUGGGCUCGUCUCAGCCGGACGAACUGGGCCCGGUUAGCCAGCGACGUCCCUCGCAGGGCUCGGAGCUGUCGGAUUUGCACUCGGGCCGCACGCCAGUACGGUUCCAGUUCCACUCGUUCGAGGACUACGACCGCGAGGCUGCCACAAUGGUGCCGACCGCGACGCUGCCCUUGAACAAGUUCCGCUACCACAUCUUCAUGGACAUUGAUGCAGAGGACAUUGCCGACGAGAUCACGCGCAUAGACUGGGUCAUGUUCGGCUCGAUCCGCAUCCGGGACAUGGUACGGCACGUCAGCCUGCCCCUGGACCAGAAGGAGAAGUGCCGCAGCCUCAAGAAUAUCAACCGGAUGGUGGCGCACUUCAACCAUGUGGCCAAGUGGGUGUCCAACAUGAUUCUGAUCCGCGACAAGGCCAAGCACCGGGCGCCAUGCCUCGAGAAGUUCAUGGUGAUUGCGAGCAAGCUGCGCCUGCUCAACAACUACAACGGCCUCGCCGCCGUGCUGGCGGGCAUCAACGGCACCGCCGUGCACCGUCUGACACAGACGCGGGCGCUCGUGGCGGCCGACGUGCAGAAGCGCUUCGCCCGCCUCGUGCUGCUGAUGGGCACGCAAAAGAGCCACUUUGCCUACCGCCUCGCCUGGGAGAACUCGCCGCUGCCGCGCAUCCCCUUCAUGCCGCUGCACCGCCGCGACCUCGUGUCGGCCGAAGAGGGCAGCAUGACCUUUGUCGGCCCCAACGGCGACCGCAUCAACUGGAAGAAGUUUGAGGUCCUGGGCGAGGUGCUCCUGCCCAUCAUGAAAAGCCAGGGCCAGUCGUACCCGAACUUGAACAAGCACGAGGCGAGCCGUGAGUUGAUUCUAGAUUGCCGUAUGUCGACGGACGACGAGGACAUAUACCAGCGCAGCCUCCAGGUCGAGUCGGGCUCGGGGAGUGCCGCCGAGUCGAAAAAAAAGUUCCCGUGGCUGCCGAAUACAAGGUGA